CAGCCCUUAUCAGCAGUGGAAGUAUUUAUUCCAGAAUUGGUUGAAAAAUGUGCUGAGGAUGAGCCCAAAGAUGAGUACAGGUUUCUGUGGACUCAUGCUGGUCAGUUUAAAUGCAAAGUGACCCAGCUUAUGUUUGAGAUGGAAGGGGAAGGGGAAGUGCUGUACAGAAUAGUGUCCUGGGACACCGGUCUGCUGGAUGGAUUAGGCCAAAAGGAGCCUGCAGGACCUCUGUACAGUAUUAACUGCCAUAAAGGUUCAAUCAGGAAACUACAUCUUCCACAUUGUGAGACCCGUAAAGAUGAUGUGAAACUGACUGUGGCACAUGUGACUGGUCGUAAUGUGGAGAUCAUUCAGCCACUACAAGUAACAGACACACAUGUUAUCAUAGACGUUCAAGGUUUCUCACUCUUCGGUCUCUUAAGAGACCUGAUAUUCAAAGAUUAUCCUAUUGAAGCCCAGGUUCUAGUGUUCGAUAUGAAUUUAAAAGGCAAGCACAGGAAAAAUAAACUGCACAUGCACCUUUUGCCAGGAAAUGUACCAGCUGAAGAGGUUAAGAAGUUUAAGUGUCACUAUGGCCCCAACUAUCACCCUACAUUUGAGGUAUUCUUUAAUACUGACGUUGAUGAAGUCACUUUGGAUCUUUUGGAUGAAAAUAAGAAGGAGGUGUGGUCUCGCCUGGUCUUGCUUACAGGCUCUCAUCACGUGGUCAUGCUUUCCCACGCGGUCAUCGCCCCUCCCGGACCGCCCCGUCGGCACACCGGUUUCUCAUCUGGCGCUGAUUUCAUCCAUCUUAUAAGGAAGCGCAGCGCGCUGUCUCGCUGCUGA